AUGUUUGGGUUUAAUAAUAGUACAGCGGCAAAAACAUUUCGUAUUCGCAAACCAGAGACUGGAACCAAGCAUUACCAACUGCGGCAAUAUGCGGAAGCAACUUUGGGAUCGGGAUCCCUGAUGGAAGCAGUGAAGCUUCCCAAAGGAGAAGAUGUAAAUGAAUGGAUUGCUAUGAAUACUAUGGACUUUUAUACCCAGAUUAAUAUGCUUUAUGGAACGAUUACCGAGUUUUGUACAGAAAAAAGUUGUCCACAAAUGAAUGCGGGACCCAACUUUGAGUACUAUUGGCAAGAUGAGAAGGUAUACGUGAAACCAACGAAAAUGAAUGCCCCAGAUUAUAUUAAUACACUCUUGGAAUGGGCCCAAGAAAAGCUUGACAACAAACGGUUGUUCCCAACAGAAAUUGGUGUCGAGUUUCCGCGCGAAUUCAGGAAAAUUGUCCAACAAGUAUUUCGCCGACUUUUUCGAAUUUAUGCCCAUAUUUAUUGCUCCCAUUUUCAUGUCAUGGUUGCCUUAGAACUGGAAAGUUAUUUGAAUACAUCAUUCAAACAUUUUGUGUUUUUUUGCAAAGAAUUCGAUCUUUUAGAUGGCAAGGAAUAUGCUCCUAUGGAGGAUUUAGUCGAAAGCAUGAUUUAA